AUUAAACUCGACAAUGUUUAGUACGUCGGUUCUCAUUUGUCUCCUGUUUAAUUCGGUGCUCGCCACAGACAACCAAACACUACGAGAAUUGGAGAAUCGUCUUGCCACCUCCAACAACAGGCUGACUGGCGAAUUCAUAUAUAAUGGCAUCCUGAGGUAUCCCGGUAGCAGUUUCGUCACGAUUGUGUUCCCGCUGCUAAGCGCAUUGGGUCAGCUGGCCUUGUUCUCGGAAAAGAAAAACGAACAAAAGCUUCUUGAUCUUCUAGAAUUGGAUAAUAAGGAACAGAUACGUAGAAUAUUUCCGUAUAUACGAGAGGAGUACUUCAGUGAAGACCUUGUAGCUUCACCGAAAUUCGACCUGAAAGUUUACACUGACGACGACAACAAGCUGUGUCCCGCUUUCAAAAAGUCAUACAAAAAGACCUUUGGUGGUGAGACCGGGGAGGUAGACUACAGUGAACCCGAAGAAGCUGCUGAAGAAAUCAACGAUUAUGUAAAAAGUCAAGGCACAGGUGGCUUCAAAGACCUCGUUUCAAGUCGAAAAAUAGAGGACAAGGAUGGACUGAAUUUUAUAGGCACCUACGAGCUAAGUUUUAAAUUUGACGAUAGAUUCGUUUUCACGAGCAGCAAAGUGGUGAAGUUCAAAACCGGUAAGACUGUUACAAUCAUUCCCGGGGCGGCCGGGGAAGGUAUCAUCAAAUAUGCCGACGUUAAAUCUAUAAACGCCAAGGUUAUAGAAAUUCUGGCUAGAGGUGGAGAAUACUCGUAUGUCGUAGUUCUUCCAAACAAAGUUGAUGGACUGAAAGAGGUACUGAAGAAAUUCACAGAUCCUGAAGUUUUCAGACAAGCCAUAGACCAAGGGAAAAACGUUUGUGCCAAACUAUUAGUUCCCAGCCGAGAAGUGAUCAGUAAGGUGGAUUUAGCAAACUCUCUCCAACAGGUAGACAUCAAGCUCUUACAAGAACCUUUUCGUACCAGGGGAGCCGACCUCCGCGGUGUGAGUCAAAAAUGCGAUGACACUUACGUCGCUUCGAUCCUGCAUGAGGUCCGCUUGAGGCCCGAUUCAACAAACAAUUCGAGAAAAGCGAGUCCGUGUACAAAAUACGACGUGGAGUUGGAAGUUAACUAUCCAUACGCGUUCUACGUGAUGUGCGCUCAGCGGGAACCGAACCUUGUGCGAUCGCCUAUAGUCGGCAUGGCUGUGCAGUCCUAGUUAUGACUAUUUCAUUGUUUGCUCCAAUAAAGGAUGCUAAGUGUACUCGGUGUUUUAUUCUGUUGUUAUAUUUCCGUUGAAUCACUUUUCAAAUCAAAAUAGAAGAGUUAUACAAUUUGAACUGUGAAUCUCCAAGUCUUAUGUUAAAAAAGGAGAGAGAGAACAAGGUUUCUGUUUCCAUCUUCGGCGCGAAGCAAGUUGCGUGAUGGAAUAACCGCUGUGAUGUUUAUGGAAUUCGAUUUUAAAUUAGACAGGCAGUCAAACCCUCUGUAGUUUAAAAAGAACUGAUGUUUCUUUAGAUGCUAGAUGUUCCAAGAAUCACACAUUGGACAAUUUAAGCUUAAAUUUUUUAUAUGAUUUAAGAAUAAUUGAUUCACCAGUCUGUUUUGUUAUGAAGUCACGAUCACUGUCUUAAAAAUCAAGCAUCUAUCCAUCACUGCAUCACUGUCGAUCAAUUCUCGUUUCAAAAUUGUUUAAGCGCCAUCUACAAUACGUAUUGAAAGACUAAUAAUUUUCACAGUGAACUCGAGUUAAUGGUUCUCUGUAUCCUCACUAGAUGGCGCUUUAUCAGAAUUUAAUACUGAAGUAAGGAAUUCGAACACAUUAUUUUUUAUCAAAUUUUGAUGUAAUGUCGGUACCUACAUAUGAUAUUUAUUCGUUAAAUAUCUUAAUUUUUGGUAAAUAUAAUAUCGAAAUAUUGCUUACUCACUUACUCAUCACGAGAUCCCUGAAAUUAUACAUAGGCGCUCUUUAGGAACGGAUUUUAUGUCAUUCAUAAUUAAUUCCUCUGGAAGCACUCGGGUAGUCCCACUCCUCCUGGCUGAUGCCUUGUUCGCACACCUAUCCUGGUGAAACUAGGAAGACCUCCGGGCCACGAAUAAUAUUUCCUCUCAAAAGAAACAUACGUAGGUAAUAAUUUUGAUGUAGUCUUUCCGCAAAAAAUAUGACGCCGAUGCGAUUCAUUUCAUCAAGUGCAGUCAGUACAGACAGUGAAACAAGUCGCUGUCGAAUGCUAA